UUUUGAAAAAUGGGUGAGAGAGAAUGAAAAUCAAACUAAGAUUUACAAUCCAAGCCGGAGCGCGCGGGCGGACUGACUCCUCACCUGUGCAGCGCGCGCGGACCGGAUGUAUCGGAUGCUCCUCGCGCAGGUGAAGCGCUCAGGCUGUCAUGAUGAAGACAGAACGAUACGCCACCGUCCCCAGCAAAGACGCGCAGGUUGACAUUAUCAACAUCAAAGCCAUCGAGGACAUCGGAUACGUGCAGCAGGACGUCAUCCUCCUGAACUCUCUAACUCCGAAUGAGAGCUCACGGUGUCGUUAUGGUUUGUACUUCCAAGACGGAGAGCGGCGCGUGGAUUACGUCCUCACCUACCAGGUCAAAAAGCCCGGCAGCUCGCGGCGCCAGUCGUCCCGUCUCACAGAUAAUAAGUUCACGCGCAGCUUACGGCGAGUACGCGAUCCUGAACCGGGUGUCGUCGAUCACCAUGAUGAUGACAAGCACUUCCGCCGUGAGGAGUUCGAGACCAACCUGCGGGAGAUGGGGCUGGAGCUGGAGAGGGACGAGGAUACUAAGACGCCCGGUGUGGGCUUUGUGAAGAUUCACGCUCCGUGGCAUGUUCUUUGUCGAGAAGCAGAGUUCAUGAAGCUCAAGAUGCCAACAAAAAAAGUGUAUGAGAUGAAGAAAAGUGGAAGCCUCAUGGAAAAAAUCAACACGUUCAUUUAUAAAGUGACGGAUCCUCUGCACCCGAAUGUUGAGGAGAACAGGAUAGAGAAUGUCAAGCACCUCUCACACCCUUUCUCCAGAGAGAAACAGCACCUAUUUGAUUUGUUGGACAGAGAUUCAUUUUUUGAUAGCAAGACAAGAAGCUCAAUAGUGUUCGAGGUUUUAAAGAGGACAAAAUGCACAAAGUCGAACUUCAGUAUGGGAAUAACAAGUCUUUUGGGCAGCGGUGCAUAUCUGGCUGCAUAUCCACUACAUGAUGGUGAUGUAGAUGGAGAAAAUGCACAGCCGAAUGACAGGAAGCUGCUAUAUGAGGAGUGGGCAAGUUACAGUGUUUUUUAUAAAUAUCAACCCAUUGGCUUGAUCAGGAAGUACUUUGGAGAGAAGAUCGGUCUUUACUUCGCUUGGCUGGGAGUUUACACUCAAAUGCUGAUUCCUGCGUCUCUGGUGGGAGUGUUUGUGUUUCUGUACGGCUGUGUUACCGUUGAUGACGACAUCCCCAGUAUGGAGAUCUGUGAUGAGAGGAGAAACAUUACCAUGUGUCCACUAUGUGAUGGAGUUUGCGGUUUCUGGAAUCUGAGCACAGCGUGUGCAACAGCAAGAGCCAGUCACCUGUUCGACAACCCAGCCACCGUCUUCUUCUCCAUCUUCAUGGCCCUGUGGGCUGCAUUCUUCAUGGAGCAUUGGAAGCGGAGGCAGAUGCGCUUGAACUACGAAUGGGAUCUGACAGGAUUUGAGGAGGAGGAGGAUCACCCGAGAGCCGAGUAUGAGUUCAGAGUUAUGCAGAAAUCCCUCAAGAAAGAACAUAAAAAGUCCAAAAAGACAGAGAAAGAGAAGCUGACAUGCAAAGACAGAUGUCCCGCCUAUAUGACAAAUUUAGUGAUGAUGCUUUUAAUGAUUGGCGUGACCUUUGCUAUCGUCUUUGGUGUGAUUUUGUACCGAAUUUCCACAACAUGGGCCCUGCACAUGAGUUCCAACCCGACAACACGCUCCAAUGUUCGUCUUACGGUCAAAGCCACAGCAGCCAUCAUCAACCUGGUGGUCAUCCUCAUCCUGGACGAGGUGUAUGGUGCUGUAGCACGCUGGCUAACAACACUGGAGGUGCCAAAAACAGACAAAAGCUUUGAGGAGCGACUGAUCUUCAAAACCUUCAUCCUGAAGUUUUUUAACGCAUUUACUCCAAUUAUCUACAUCGCCUUCUUCAGGGGGAGGCUUGUUGGUCGUCCAGGCAGCUACAUUUAUGUCUUUCAGUCCUACCGAAUGGAGGAGUGUGCUCAUGGAGGUUGUUUGAUGGAGCUCUGCAUUCAGCUCAGCAUCACCAUGUUGGGAAAACAACUAAUUCAGAACAACCUGUUUGAGAUCGGCAUACCUAAACUGAAGAAGCUGAUUCGUUACAUUAAGUCAAAACGCAAUACGUUUCAAGAGGAGGAGCGGGAAAAAACGCUGCAGCGAUACGAGACUGACUUUUUCCUUGAACCAUUUGCAGGCCUCACACCAGAGUACAUGGAGAUGAUUAUCCAGUUUGGUUUUGUGACCCUAUUCGUGGCAUCAUUCCCAUUGGCACCACUUUUUGCUCUGCUCAACAACAUCAUUGAAAUCCGUCUGGAUGCUAAAAAGUUUGUGGCAGAGCUCCGGAGGCCUGUGGCAGCGCGGGCGAAAGACAUCGGUAUCUGGUACAACAUUCUCAGAGGUGUGGCAAAGGUUGCAGUUAUCGUCAAUGCCUUCGUCAUCUCCUUCACGUCUGACUUCAUCCCCCGGCUGGUGUAUCAGUACAUGUACAGUGUCGAUGGCUCCAUGCACGGCUUCGUUAAUCACACGCUUUCACACUUUAACGUCAGUCAUUUCCAGAACGGCACAGGUCCUGUCCAAUCGCUGUACUCCGGCUUUGAUGUUGAAAUCUGCAGGUAUAAAGACUACAGAGAACCUCCUUGGUCAUCAACUCCAUAUCAGGUCUCUAAAGAGUUUUGGGCUGUUUUAGCUGCCAGACUCGCCUUCGUCAUUGUCUUUCAGAACGUGGUCAUGCUGAUGAGCGACAUUGUGGACUGGAUCAUCCCAGACAUCCCUAAGGACAUCAGUAUUCAGAUCCACAAGGAGAAGAUCUUGAUGGUGGAUCUGUUCAUGAAGGAGGAGAAGGGGAAGAACCUAAACUUCGGAGAUGAUAAAGGAAAAGAAAACAACCUAAAACAUAGUCCUGCCCUCCACCCGAGACCGCUCACACACACUCAGAGCAACUGCUACUAACGUGUUUUGUAUAGAAGUAGUUUUGUUCGCGCGUGCGUAUGUGUGUGUGUGUGUGUGCGUAUGUGUGUCUUUGUCAUGACAUUCCACAGAUUACUCUUUCAUUGGUCUUUGAGGAUUUUGUUAUUUAUAGAUGAUAUUAAUGAAAUGAAUAACCAACCAAUCACAUUUCAUUACAAGCACCGUGUGACCUUCCCUUAAAUUAGUGAUAUAAACUGAUAGUUGAUAAAUAUUUUGCUACAUAAAUGGGCAAAAAACAUUCACUUUUAUUUUUAAAUCACCCGUGUCCUUUUACACUUAGUUGAAGAACUUUUUACAAUUUCAAAUCUUAAAGGGUUAUGUACUGUAAGGUUACGGUUUUUGAUAAUGUGUGAUAUCUGUGUGAAGUUUAGGAGCUGUACUACAGAAACAUCUUUAUCAGUAAUGGACAAAUAGUUAUUAAAGGAGGAUAUCAUGUCAUAGUAUAGAAAUUAUUACCCAGAAACCGUUGAGGCUCAUAUAAACACCGUAAAUGUAAAAUGUAAAUAAAUACAUAAAUAAUUAAAUACAUAAAAAGUUAAUUUGUGAUGGAAAUCUGGCAACCGUGACCAUAGCACAUACAUGACAAACACUUUUUGAUAAAACAGAUUUAACAAAAUAAAGUUUAAUUUUUAAACCAAAUUCUAAAUUAAAAUGCUUCAUUUUUGUCAAAGCAGUCAUAAGCAAGAUAGAUUACCAAUUUAAUUACCACUUUAAAAUGAAUACUAUUAAUAAUCCCCUUUUGGAUUGACAAACAUCUGAGUACAGUAAAGUUACAUUUACUAAAUCCUUAAUGUAAUUUGCUCUAUAUUUCCUUUUCCCCCCCCGAGAAUUUAGUUCUAGUCAAUUCUCACCUGCUUUAGGACACACCCCCUCGAGGUGACAGUUACCAACCAGAAAGCACGGCGGGUAUUACAUGGACAUGACAACCAGUGGCAGUUUUUCCGACUGCUGCACACGCAACAUGUAUCAGCUACUUCCACUUGCAUAAGUUCACAGACACGUAUCACGUUCUUGUCACACCGAGUGCACUUAUACUAUUUGAUUUAUAAAAUGAAAUCUUGUAUAAAUGACAAAGUCCUCGCUCCAGAUUCAACUAACGCCAGACUACGAGUCCGUCAACACUGUGGACCAUGAAACGACGAAUUUCUCUGCUUACUUCUAUGUAAUCGGAGACUUUUAAUAUUUAAUUGCACAGCUGUUCACAUCUGCUUUACAAAUGUAUCGGGGUUUUUAAUGUUGAUCUUUUUUGAGAUUUAAAUUUUAAUGAAACUUAUGUACAUUUCACAUUAUCUGUUUAUCAGCUUUUGAUUAAAUCCUUUUCUCAAAGGACUUUUUAAACUGUACUGAAUGGGCGUGUAAAGACAGAAACGCACGUUAGAGUCAGGUGUGUUAAAUAUUAAGCUAAUGUAAUGAUCCAGAGGUGUUCGGAAACUGAAAUAUGGCAGUGGAUUUUAUUUCACAUUUCUUUCUAUACCAGAUUCAUAAACAGUAUAUAAUCAGUUAGUUUCUUAAAACAAUAAUGAUCUUGUAAUUAGGCAAGAAUAAAAUGAGUCUCCAGUGUCGCUUUAUUCCAGAUGUGGGUGUUUAUUGUUCAAAAUUUGCUUUCUAAACAUUAGAAAGAGAGAUUUGAUAUAUGGGCAUUCACUUCUUAUAAAAAAUAAGUCUUUAUAACCAAAUUGAUAUUCAAUAUUAAUACAAAUCCACUAUUUCACUGUGAAUUUCCUUUUUGAGCCCAAAACAUAAAAUUACACCAUGACUUCAGUUAAAACGGUUGUUAAAUUUAGGUGGCGAUUGUGACAGUGUGU